UAAGCUGAGUUUUAAGGAGCUGAUCGAGCCGUACAGGCUGAAGGAGGACGACAUGGAGCAGGAGGCUGCGGAGAGGCUGAAGGCCCAGGAGCCCUGGAGGAUCACCGACAACGAGCUGGAGCUCUACAAGGCCAAGAGCAACCGUCAGAUCCGACUGAACGAGCUGCUGAGGGAGCACUCCAGCACGGCAAAACUCAUCGUCAUGAGCAUGCCUCUGGCCAGGAAGGGCACGGUGUCGAGCGCCCUCUACAUGUGCUGGCUGGAAACUCUGUCCAAAGACCUCCCACCUCUGCUGCUGGUCCGAGGAAACCAACAGAGCGUCCUGACCUUCUACUCCUAACACACACACACACACACACA